ACUGGCUUCUUGUUAGGUGCAGCUGCAGCCUCCGGUUACACCCUCUCCACCCUGUCAACGUCCCCGCUUGCAGGAUGGAGCAGACAGCUGGAGGAUUCUGAUCAUACUCCUUCUGUGCGCUCACUUCUCCAGUUUGGUCUUUAAACUCUGAAGAACGUCCACCUUGCGAAGAGAACAGGGAAACGUUUUCAACAUGUCUAUCCGGAGGUUCUGGAGCAGCCCGAAAACACUGGGAGAUGUUACCGUUGUGACAGAAGAGCUGAAGAAUCUUUACUACAAGAGGCUGCUGCCUAUUGAGAAGCACUACUCCUUUCAUCACUUUCAUUCACCAAGUUAUGAGGAUGCAGACUUUGACAACAAGCCAAUGGUUCUGGUAAUGGGUCAGUACUCGACGGGAAAGACGACUUUUAUCAGGUAUUUGUUAGAGGAAGAGUUCCCUGGCAGCAGAGUUGGGCCAGAGCCAACCACUGACUGCUUCACUGCACUCAUGUACGGAGAAGAGGAGCGAGUCACCCCUGGGAACGCAAUCACAGUGGAUCCCAAGAAACCCUUUCGCAACCUUGACCCUUUCGGAAAUUCUUUUCUGAACAGAUUCCAGUGUGUGCAGAUGCCAAAUCCAGUCCUUGAGAGUAUCAGCAUAAUCGACACGCCUGGGAUCUUGACUGCCGCUAAACGAAAACUUAGCCGAGGCUAUGACUUUCAAGCAGUACUGCGCUGGUUUGCAGAGCGUGUGGAUCGAAUCAUCCUGCUAUUCGAUGCACACAAACUGGAGUUCUCCGAUGAGCUCACCAGGGCCUUUGGAGCUUUGUAUGGCUACGAGGACAAGCUGCGUGUGGUUCUCAACAAAGCUGACAGGGUGGACUCGCAACAGCUCAUGAGAGUGUAUGGCGCCCUCAUGUGGUCGCUGGGGAAAGUGUUCCGAACCCCUGAAAUCUUACGGGUUUAUAUUGGGUCCUUCUGGUCAGAGCCGAGGCAGAGGUGCGACCACUACAAGCUAAUAGAGCUGGAGGAAGAGGAUCUACUAACGGAUAUAAGGAACCUGCCACGCAACGCCGCAGUGAGAAAGCUGAACGACCUGGUGAAGAGAGCACGUUUAGUCAGGGCUCAUGCACACAUUAUCAGCCAUCUAAAGCAGGAGAUGCCAACAAUUUUUUGCAGAGAAAGCAAGAAGCACAACCUGAUCUAUGAGCUUCCUGUUAUUUUCACCAAGAUUCAGCAACAGCAUCGAGUCCCAGCUGGUGACUUUCCUGACUGCACCAAGAUGCAGGAGAAACUUUUGGGUCAAGAUUUUUCAAAGUUCAAGACUCUGAAGCCAAGCCUGAUGAACUCCUUGAACAAACUGCUAACCACUGACAUAGCCAGUCUGGUUCCUUUAUUCCAGCAGCAGGAGCAGAGGAAGAAAUCGCUACCUGCCGUGUUGGAUGGUGAAUUUUUGGGAACAUUCCGGCGUGAUCAGUUCAAGGGAGAUCCGUUUAAGGAAAUGCUCAAAGAUGAUGAGAUCAGCGAAGCAGAUUCUGAUGAAUGGGCUGUGGAGAAAUACAAACCUAAAUAUGAUGAGAUCUUCUACAAUCUAAGUCCACAUGAUGGCAAACUCAGUGGCACCAAAGUCAAAGAGUGGAUGACGACCACUCAUUUGCCCAAUUCGGUACUUGCUCACAUCUGGAGACUGGCAGAUGUAGACAGGGAUGGAAUGCUGGACAACGAGGAAUUUGCGUUGGCAGUCCACCUGAUUGAGGGGAAGCUGGACGGACACUGGCUGCCCAGAGAACUUCCUUCCCACCUGGUUCCACCCUCCAAGCGGCUUAGUACAUCAAGCAGUGCACCAGCAUAAUCUUUUUAUCAGAAUCAAGAAGACUGAGGAGACAUCACUUGUAUAAUUUGUACAAUAUAUUUUAAGCAAACCUGAUGUUACUGAUUGCGGGGCCUAUAAAAAUGUGCAGUGUUUUAUAUAUUCAUAAACUUAUCACUGUCCAUUCGAGCACUUAUCAGAUUUUGUCCUCUCUAAUAUAAAGUGUGGUAAAUUUAUUUAAAACAUUUGUAUUAUUAUUUUAAGUUUUACAAUAUUUCGUCAUUAUAAUACCCUUUCUGUCCUUCAACUUUUCACAAACCUAGGUGGCAGAAACGACCAUAUAAUCCCAGAGAGCAGAUGCAGGCUCCAUAAAGUCGAUGGCAGGGUCCAUUAUUGGGGCACUUGCACUUUCGUCUGCAGUUCUUUCCAAAAUAGCCCCUCAGGCAACCUGUGAGUGAAAACAGUGCCAGAGAACUUGUUACAUUUAGAGAUGACUUCUAAGUGGACUUCAUGUUAUGUGUCAACUUUUCAUGUUUUAGUUUAUUUGGAAAGGAUUUUGGUUAAGUUUCAAAAAGCUGAGACAGAGUAUGUUGAUGCCUGUCUGUCCUAGUUUGUUUUUCUACUUUCCAAAACAUUCUGGUUCCAGAAAAUUCUGAAAUCUUUUUGUCCUUUUUAUAUAUGGUGCAAAGAUUUUACCAAAUGUUUACAACCUUGUCCUUUUUGAUUGCAUGACCCUUAAGUUAUAAUAUGGGCCAUGCCAUUUGCUUUUCAGUAUUAUAUCCCAGUAAAACUUAAAAAAAAAACCCACAUAAUCUCAAAGGCAGCAUUUUGUGGUUCCAAAAUUUGAGAAUACAAACCGUCCUCGCAGAACUGGCCAUUUACCCCGAGAGGGCAGAGACACUUCCCAGUCACGGGGUCACAUGAGCCUCCAUUCAGACAGUGGCACAUGCUGUUACAGGACUUCCCGUAGCUCCCCUGAUGACAAGCUGGAGACAAACAAUAUAAAGAAUCCUCUUUGUUAUUUGUAGAUGCAAAACUAAACAAUGAAUUAAAAGAAGGAGACUUCUUUGCCACGAAAACAUAAAACAAGAACUACAACACAUUUAAUGUUAGGAAGUGGUCAGCGACUGAUCCUGUGCUCAUCUGAGGUUCUUAUUCUCACAGGCGUCAUAACCAACUCUGGCACAAACAAGCAGGAUGUGUUAAAGAGCAACAUUCCUACAGUGCCUGCUUUAACUCCACCUCACACUUUCCUCACGGCUCUUUUAUGUCUCCAUAAGGAAGAUUACUUAAAACAAACUGAAGAAGCAUAAAUGUCAUGCUUUUUGAUGAUAGAAAAGCAGAGAUUCCCUGUACUGAAUUAUAAAGAAAUACGAGGUACAAGAAAUACAAGAUGAGGAGGCCAGAAAGGAAACGAGUAACAUUUAGAAUUGCAACUAGUUCAUGAAUAUGAUCAUACAGUAUUUAAUACAACAUAGUUGAGUCUGCAUCUAAACACCAGGAGCCACUUUCAAGAAGUGACAGAUAGCUUCCAAAUGUACUUAUCCCACAUGUCCUUCUGCCUCGGACCAAAGACAGCUAUUAGUUACUGCCCUGAAUCAGAACAAAGGAAUCUCUUUCCUUACCAGUAAUGGACAUCCUUGACCUCAGGCUGUAGUCUUGCUGUGGCUCCUGGCCACACUCCAGCAUCAGAUAGAUUUAUUCACUGGUCCCUUUGUGUUAUGGAGCACAUAAAUAACCCCAGACUCCCACUCUAAAGAAACAACAGGGGUUGAUCCAUGGCUCUGGAUCGAUGAAUGCUGUGAGCUAUCUUGUCUCUUACUAACAAACAAAAAUAAUGCUUCAGGUUGUUGCACAGACCUGGAUGAUGAAAUAUUGCUUGUAAAACCAGGCUGAGUGUAUGUGCUUUAGUCUUGCCAGUAUAGUUGAUUAGGGUUGUAAAAAUAUUUGCAUGCUCGGUAAAAUAUUUUCUCAAGAAAAUUCUGUGUAUAUUCAGUUUAAGCAUAGUUAAAAAUGUUUAUUGUUUUGCAAUAUUUUUUUAUUUAUCCAGCAUGGUUUGAGUGUAAAAUGUUACAAGUGCUAUUACUAUGUUUAAAGCUCUAAUUUAAAUUCAUUUAAUUAGAUAUAAUGAAUUUGUUUUGUAAACUAUACUAUGAAAACUGGUGGUUAAGAAGGGCAUUUCAGGUCAAACUAUGUUGCAAACCUGGUUUUCUUGCUAUCAGUCACAUAACAAACGCAUAACAUUAUUUGUACUGUUGGCAGAUUUAGAGUUAAAUUAUUUAAUUUAUCCAAAUGUUUCUCCUGAUUGGAAGUAAUGUCAAGGUUUGGAGUGACCCACACUCCAAACAUGAACCUCAUAUUAGACAUUUCAAGCACAUCAAUAAAGAUAAAUUGUCAAAAUGCCAAUGGAAACAUUCAAAAAGCUCCUCAGCACUUAUAAGAAGGGUUUUAUUGUUGUACAAUUGCAUAAAUCAUUUCCAACUUGUCAUUUCUUAUUAAAAUAUUGAUACCAUAAA